UUGUAGUUUUCUCGAUUCAACUGCAUUUUAUAUUGAAGAAAAAUUUUUUUAUCCAGUUUUUCUAUGUUCGAAUUAUUGUUUUGUCAUGAGUGACAAUUUCAAAUUCAAACUUUCAAAAAUAUUCAGAGGGAAUUCCUUUUUCUUUUCAUUGGAUGCUGUGUUGACUGUUCUAGAUACGUUUCAGGUCAACGACACCGUUAGCAGAGUUUGAAGAUCACUAACACGUAUAGUGACACGAAAUUCCUGUUUACAUGUUGAAUCUUCAGUAUCCCAACAAUGGACACCUCGAAGAAAUAUUGUAAUCCCAGUCCAGAGAAUAGAGCAAAUGCGAUUUCUAAACUAUUUUUUUGGUGGGUCAUUCCGUUUUUCAAAUAUGGAUACUCCAAUAACCUAGGCAUGAAAGAUAUCUACAAUACUAUGAAUGCCGAUAAAAGCGAAUAUUUGGCAAAUGAAUUAGAAAGAAAUUGGAAAAACGUUAUUACAGAAGCCAGUUUCAAAAACACGAAGCCAAGUUUGUUGACUGCAAUAAGAAAUACUUUCUGGAAGUCUUUCUCCAUCGCCGGUAUCGUUAUCAUGUUGAGAAUCGUCAUCUAUUCGUAUUUCAUGCCAAUGGUUCUUUCUGAAUUCAUAAAAAUUUUCAACGAAGUUCCAAGAAAUAUACGCAAAGGCUGUUACUUAGGCAUCACCUUGAUCUCCAUGAACUUCCUAAACUGCCUCAUUGCUCAUCAAGGGAACCUUUACACAAAAAGAAUAGGAAUGAGAGUUAGAGUGGCUUGCUGUUCCCUCAUUUACAGAAAGGUUUUGAAACUGAGUAAAACAUCUUUGGUUGACACUGACGUAGGAAUGCUAGUGAACCUCCUUUCUAACGAUGUCAACAGAUUCGAUUUUGCAGCUUCGGUAUUUCAUUUCAUCUGGAUAAUGCCAAUUCAAGCAGUGAUUGGUAGCUACGUUAUGUAUGAUUUCGUUGGUCCAGUUGCUUUCGUGGGAAUUGGAGCUAUGGUUUUGCAAGCUGUACCUCUUCAAGGGUAUUUUUCUAGAUUGCAGGGAAAAUUGAGAAUGGAAAUCGCCUCGAAAACAGACAGCAGAAUGAAAUUAAUGCACGAAAUCAUAUCCGGAAUCCAAAUGAUUAAAAUGUACGCCUGGGAGAAGCCAUUUGAAAAUAUGGUCGCACAGCUCAGGAUAAGCGAAAUACUACUGAUCAGACAAACCUCCUACAUCAAAGCAUGUUCGACAUCAGUCCAAGUUUUCACGGAGAGGGUAUCGCUCUACAUAAUCGUGAUUACUUAUGUUCUCACUGGACACGAGCUAACAGGAAGCCUGGUAUUUGCAAUGUCUCAAUCUAUAAAUUUCCUGCAAUUAGUGGUUUGCAUCAUGUUUCCAAUGGCUCUUUCCGCAUACGCUGAAGCGAAGGCUUCAAUCCAAAGGAUAGAGAAGUUUUUAUCGAAGGAAGAAAGAAACGACAUCGGAAAAAAUACUGAGACAACCCUUCAAACAGGAGCAGUCAAGUUAGCCAACGUAAACGCUAGAUGGCUAGAUAGGAUGGAAACAUUGAUCGACGUAUCUUUCGAAAUCAAACCAGGUAGUUUCUGCGUCCUUGUCGGCAGUGUUGGUUCUGGAAAGAGCUCCAUCCUUCUGUCACUUCUCCGUGAGAUACCAAUCACGUCAGGAAAAAUAGAAGUUGGAGGAACAAUGUCUUACGCUUCACAAGAAUCAUGGAUUUUUGGCUCCGACAUCAGAAGCAAUAUACUCUUCGGUCAAACCUUCUGCAAAGAAAGAUACGAGAACGUCCUUGAGGCAUGCGCUCUGAAAAGGGACCUACAAAAUUUCUUGCACGGUGACAGCACCACCAUCGGCGAAAAAGGGAUGACCUUGAGCGGAGGACAAAGGGCAAGGGUGGGUCUAGCCCGUUGUGUCUACCGUGAAGCUGAUAUAUACCUGUUAGAUGACCCAUUAUCUGCUGUUGAUCCCCAUGUUGCCAAGCGUAUUGUUCAAAAAUGCAUCUUGGAAUUUCUUCAGGGAAAAACAAGAAUUGUUGUAACCCAUCAUAUAGAAUUUUUGAGUCAUGCUGACGUGGUUUUAAUUUUCAAAGAUGGUAGAGUGGAAAAGUUCUUGAAACCGAACGAACUAUCUAAAAAUGAAUUGAAUAUUAUCAGACAAACUAGCAAUGUCGAGCUUAGAGAGAAUAAACUUUUGGAAGAAAAGGCUGAAUCAAUGUUGUCACUAGGGUCGUUUGAUUAUGAAAACGAAAAGGAAGAAGAGGACAAUAAAACCCGAGAGACGCAAGAACUAAUCAAAAAAGGUUUGAUCUCAUUUUCAGUCUACAAAGAUUACUACAAAGCAGGAGCUAGCACACUUGUUCUGCUUUUCGAGAUGUUUCUCUUCCUAACAGCGCAAAGUUUUUGCAUCGGUUCAGAUCUGUGGAUAACAUUUUGGACGAAUAAUAUGGAUCAGUCAAAAAAAAAUCCUCUGGGAAAUACCAGUAUAGUGAUACAUCCCAAUACUACUAUGAAUAAUACAUUGGUGGAUACUGUUUGGUCUUGGAUCCCCAAUAUCUUAAAUGAGGACCUUUAUAUACAAGUCUACACAAUUCUUAUAAUAUGUGGUGUGGUGCUGACCAUUUGGAGAUCAAUUUUCUUCUAUAAAAUCUGCAUGAAAGCUUCCGAAAAACUUCACAAUUCGAUGUUCCUGAACAUCAUGCAAGCAAGAAUGAAAUUCUAUGAUACCACCACUUCGGGAAAGAUCCUCAACAGGUUUUCGAAAGAUAUGGGUGCUAUAGACGAGCAACUUCCUAGUGUCACCCUGCUUUCUGUUCAAGUUAUACUCAUAGGCAUAGGAAUUUCAACACUUGUGAUCAUCAAAUCACCUUGGAUGGCUAUACCUACCGUGGUCAUAGGACUAUUCGUCUUCUGGUUCCGAAGAAUCUUUCUGAAGGGUGCACAAGAUGUGAAAAGACUAGAAGGAAAAGCAAAAGCACCAGUAUUUUCAUAUGUAGCUGCAACUCUGAACGGUAUAACCACCAUAAGAUCGGCAAAUGCCGAAGAAGUCCUCAGAAGAGAAUUCGAUACAUUACAAGAUCAACACACUGCAACAUGGUACCUGUUACUAGUCCUUUUUGAUGCUUUUGGGUUCUUCUUGAAUACUAUAACCAUAAUUUUCCUAUUCAUCUUAACAUUCCAGUCUCUCUUCGAUGAUAAAGCUCUGAGUGGAGAUGUUGGGUUGAUAGUUUCGCAAAGCCUCAUCAUCAUUGGUGUCCUUCAGUUAGGAGCUAGAAACACGGCCGAUGUUGCCACGCAUAUGACAAGUGUUGAACGUGUUCUCAAGUACACGAGACUCGAUAAAGAGGGACCGUUCCAGUCAAUCUGCAAACCACCUCCGUUCUGGCCACAAGCUGGUGGGAUAAGAUUCAAGAACGUAAAUUCAACUCUCAGUUUAGGCGAACAACCAGUUCUCAAAGAUGUGAAUAUCGAAAUUGAGCCAAGUGAAAAGAUUGGUAUCGUUGGAAGAACAGGAGCAGGAAAGUCCAGUCUUGUCUCUGCUUUAUUCAGGCUAAUCUCCAUCGAAGGUUCCAUAGAAAUCGAUGGGGUGGAUAUCAUGAAAGUUGGCCUAAUUGACCUGAGAACUGGAAUUUCUGUUAUACCCCAAGAACCUGUGCUUUUCUCUGGAAGUAUUCGCUAUAACCUGGACCCUUUUGGCAAAUGUGACGACCAAACCUUAUGGCAAGCUCUGUACUGCGUUGAAUUGAGGCACGCAAUCGAGAACCUCGAUAUGAAUGUAUCUGAAGGUGGUUCCAAUUUCAGUGUUGGUCAACGACAACUCAUAUGUCUGGCAAGAGCCAUCAUAAGAGAUAAUAAGAUUCUAGUUAUGGAUGAAGCGACUGCAAAUGUUGACCCAACAACCGAUGCAUUGAUCCAGAAAUCCAUCAGAAAAAAUUUCAAACACUGCACAGUACUGACUGUGGCUCAUAGACUCAACACUAUAAUGGAUUCCGACAGAGUAAUAGUUAUGGAAACUGGAAGAGUUCAUGAAUUUGCUACACCACAUGAAUUACUGCAAGAUCCUGCGAGUCUAUUUAGUAAAAUGGUAGCGAAAUGUGGUACCGUGAUGGAGACAGAAUUGAAGAGAAUAGCAAAGGAACAUUAUAAUAGUAAAGAACAGAGUUGAUGGGUCAAAUGAACAAUGAACUCGAGUUUUCAAUAAAAGUCUCUAUCAACAAAAA